GUGAGUCGCCGGGUUCUGCUUUGAGUGGAGGUCGGUCAGCGUGAAAGAGAAAGAGAGAGGUAGCGUGUGGAGUGAGUGUGUUAAUGUGGAAGAUAGCGAAAGACUGAAAAACAGUGGGGAGGGCAGUCAGAAAAAUAAAUAAGUAAUCUAUUUAAUUAGCAGUUUUGCUGAGGAAGAAACAUACAUUACCGCAGACAUGGUGUUUUACGAGUACGUUAGUCAAGAACAGCUAGCCGGGUUUGACAGGUACAAGUACAGCGCUGUCGACUCCAAUCCACUGUCUGUCUAUGUAAUGCACCCAUUUUGGAAUUCUGUAGUCAAGUUUUUACCCACGUGGCUGGCACCAAACCUGAUCACAUUUACGGGUUUCAUCUUCCUUGUUCUUAACUUUUUAAUGUUAGCCUUUUUUGACUAUGACUUCUAUGCUUCAGCACCAGACCAUGUGCAUGUACCAAGCUGGGUGUGGAUUGUAGCAGGUCUACUAAACUUCACAGCAUAUACAUUAGAUGGUGUAGAUGGGAAGCAAGCUCGAAGGACGAACUCCAGCACGCCACUGGGGGAGCUGUUUGACCACGGGCUAGAUAGCUGGGCCUGCUUGUUCUUCGUUGUGACAGUGUACUCUGUCUUCGGGAGGGUGGAAUCUGGGGUGGGCGUGCGCACUCUCUACUAUAUCCUGUGGGUGGUGCUCUUCUCAUUCAUCCUCUCACACUGGGAGAAGUACAACACGGGGGUGCUAUUCCUGCCCUGGGGAUAUGACAUCAGCCAAGUGACUAUGUCGGUCGUGUACAUUGUGACGUCUGUGGUUGGUGUAGAAACUUGGUAUGCACCCAUAUUUAUGGGUUUCCACUAUAGAGACCUUUUCACAAUUAUGAUCCUGGGUUGUGCAUUUACAGUAACCCUUCCAAUGAGCCUGUACAAUGUUUUCAAGGCAUACAGGAAUAACACUCUGAAGUACAGUUCUUUUUAUGAGUCCUUUUUACCCUUCCUAUCGCCUGCGCUGCUUUUUAUUCUGUCAACACUGUGGGUCUGCCUCUCGCCAUCCGACAUCAUUGAGAAACAGCCUAGAAUAUUCUACUUCAUGGUGGGAACUGCUUUUGCCAACAUUACGUGUAAGCUGAUAGUCUGUCAGAUGAGCAAAACUCGAUGCCAGCCUCUGAGCUGGCUACUGCUGCCUAUGGCUCUGGUAGUCCUAGUGAUCCUGUCAGGACUAGCGCAGCACUAUGAAACUCUUAUCCUGUAUGUUUGGACGGCAGCUGUAGCACUAGCACACAUUCACUACGGAGUGUGUGUGGUUCACCAACUGAGUGGGCACUUCAACAUCUAUGCCUUUUCACUGAAGAAACCGAACACAGAUUGACUAGAGGAGGAAAUUGGCCUGCAGGACGCAGAGGAUUAAACCUAAUCCAGCAGCAGCCUAUGAACACUUCAGCCAUCACCGCAAAACUGGCAUCCACCGUCAAGAGGAGCGAGAAUAAAGACAAAUCCAACCAGACACAGUGCACCUGGCACUGAGGACAGUGUUACACAGAGGUAUUGCUAUGGGCCCAGAUACAAGAGCUUAGGAAUCGCAUAAUCAUUUAAUUAUGUUUUCGGUAGGAAAUAUGAGUUCCACUUGUUUCCUAAGGAAAUCUGGACAGUUUUGAAUAGAAGGUGUCCAAUACAGCUUUCCCUCCAUGGUUUAUAGCUUGAAAACAGCUACUUUAUUGUUUUUAGAGCUAUGUAUAUUGCCUUACAGGAAUUGUUUUGCAUUUGCUGUUUAUGUACAGGUAUGCUAUCUAGCUUUAGCAAAGUGAACCCUCUCCCAUACUCCAUCCCAGCCCAUAACUUUGCCCAAAUCUGUACUGCUUAGCACUAGAUGACAAAGUAACAUACACAUGUCCAAUCAAAGGCCUCACAUAGACUUGUUAUUGUAGUCAGGCUUAAGGGUUUUUUGUGCCUGAUUUUGCCAUAAAAUUUUUUUUGAUGUUGCUAUUGAACAGGAUAGCACCUGUAUAUUGUAAUAUCAAUACACAUCUUAUUGGUUAUGAAGGGCUUGAUCUGGGGAUAGUGGCAUAUUAAUACAGUUUGCACAUGGAAUACCUACCACAGCAAUUAUCUAUACAGCAAAAUGCUGGGAAAACAAGCUGUAGGGUUAUCUGGAGGCACCAGUUAACAGGAAAAGCAAUUGUUCACGUUUCUGUAGAAAAACAUUUUCUACUUUUUUGUGUCGUUUACAAGGCUUGGUAAUGUCCUUGUGGAUCUGCCACAGUAAUUACUACAGAUAUAUAACAUGUUAUAUACAAUCAUGUUUUUUCUUUUAUAUUCUGCUCUGAAAAUGACUAUUUCUCCAUUUAGUAACUAAGAAAACUUGCCAUCUCAUUUUAAAUUUGAAACCUCCAGUUUUACUUGCUUUUAUGUAGAACCCGUGUCUUUUGGAUGUUGUGUUUAAGUUCUCGGUUUGCUGGUGGUGUGAUGAAUGGGUGCGUUUUGUUCUUUUUUCCUUUUAUAGCAACGUCUCCAUGUUUUAUUUCAUAUACAUAAGAUUGUGCUUCGAUGAAGAUUGUGUCCUAAACCCAUUAUUGGACUGGACACACUUGGAAGGAACAAGCACGAUCAAAGUUUUGUCUAGUUGUGCUCAAAAAUAGAAACGCUUGUGCAAGGGGUUUCUGUUUUAAAUGCAGUGUCUGAUCUUUGUAGCUGUUUAUUCAUUUCUUUCUAAAUUUAAUAUGUUGCCAUAAAUUGUUCAACAUCAAUACUGAGGCAUUGGCUUCAAGAAUUCAUGUAAAUAUUUGUUUUCUUUGUUUUGAAAUUUUAAAGUAAUGAUUCAAAUAAAUAACUCCUUAUUUUUUACAUUAAAGAUUUUUGUUUAAUCAAUGUUAUGGUAUACAGAAAGUUAGUUGAAACUUGUUAAGGCUGAGUAUACAUACAAGUAAUGUCAUACAUUUUAUUUUAAUGUUUGCUGGUGUCUUGAUAUGGUUUUGUAUGUAUUCAUAAUGUAAAUUAAUUUGUCUUUGUUAGUUACACAUGGCAGCUGAUUGUCUGUGAUGAACACCUUGUCUCCAGAAUCAUGUAUUAAAGAGAGGAUGUGGCUGUAUUCUAUACUAGAUCUAUUCUUGCAUAAGCUCAAAACAAAGAAUAUGUAUUAUUCAUAAAAAAAAAACAAAAAACAAAAGCUGCUGGUAUGUAGAAUAUUGUUUUGAUGUAUAUGUCUAAUGCAAAACUGUUCUAGGCUAGUUCCCACAUCAUUGCUAAACACUUGAGUGGUAUUUAUGUUAGUUUCUUGGGUCAACACUCUGAUCAUUUUGUAUUUAUAAUGCACAGUCCAGAUGUGAAAGUAUGAGUAAUAAUCCAUGGAACCACAAGCUUGAAGUCUGCUCUGUCCUUAAACCAGGAUGACAUAUUUCUCUACUUAGAAAAAUAAUCUUUUUAACUGGAAUUAGACAGAAUUGAAAACUAAAUGAUGCUUACAGUGUGAAAAAUAAGACACGAAUAUAGACACUGGUGCCUUGGGUUUCCCGCCUUUUGUGGCAGUAUUGUGCCUAGAUACACAUGCAAAAUAAAUACAUGGUGGAAAAACAGAGCCAAUUCAUUUGCAAUUCUGGCAUUUUUAAUUAAUUUUUUUAUUCAUUUGUUAGUUAAUCCAAGGAGCACAGCCUUUGUUAUGCCUGACUCUCAAAAGUGGAGAGCUAAUUAGCAGGUCUGCAGUUCACAUAAAAAAACUUUAUUAUUAUUUGUUUAUUUAGCAGACACCUUUAGUACAAGGCAACUUACAGAGACUAGGGUGUGUGAA